GACAUCAGUCAUCCUGUGACCACCAUCGAGUGACCAUCUAUUCUGCUGCUUGUCCCGUCCCGCUUCUUCAGCUUUUGCGCUACACAAUGGCCGCUCACGGAAUCACAUUCGCCGCCCUCCUCGCCCUGGCCGCCCUCACACACGCAGCUGAUACCACCCACAAAAACGACGCACGACUUUUCGACGACGGUAACACCUCUCUCACCAUCGGCGGGGAGAGCCUUUUCUACAUCGGGGUCAUCUUCGUCGGCCUACUCUUGCUCGCGUCUGUCCUGGGCCUCUUCGGGACAUCGGCCAAGUUUGCUCAGCCCUACGAGUACGCCUCCGCUACCGCUUACGGUGCCCCUGCCCCAGCUUACGAUGAGAAGACUACCUUCUCCGUCCAGCAAUUCAUUGAUGAUGCUGUCAACAAGUUCCAGUAGAGCCCGCGAACUUAAAUAUUAUUCGAGAUUCGAAUAUGGUUACAGAAUGAAAAUCCUGUUAUGAUCAUUAUUUAUUUUCACAAAAGCUUCUCAACUUCUGUGUAUUUUUUGAUACAGGUCGUCACAGAAAACAGUGGAAUCUGUGCUUGGUCUGUUGAUCUCUUGUUUCCUAUAUUCUAUUUAAUUUAUGCUGUAAAUAAAUUGUUUUGUUUA